AAUGAAAUUAUUCCACAAUCAGUCCAUAUUGUGACACUUGCCAUUUCUCAAGAAAUCCUCCAAAUAACAAAGCAGAAGUGUAUCGUACCAUUAUUGGCCUUGCCCAAGAGAAAAUGAAUAAAGCCAAAGCCAAAACCAAGGAGGCUGCCUUUCAAUUUUCCGGAGACAUUGCAAGAAUAUGAAGCACUUGACCCCCCAAUAAAGGCAAAAGAUAUUAUAUCAUCAUUUCAAGCUCCACUCAUCACAUUUUCUUAAGGGUUUUUGAGCUAAACUCUCGUGGGGUUUUGUUGAUAUCAAGUUUGAAGAACAAACUGAUCGCAUGGAAGAGAUCAAGGGUGGAAUCAAGAAAGAUGUCACUGAAUUAGUAGGUAAUACUCCAAUGGUAUAUCUAAGUAAAGUGGCUGAUGGCUGUUUUGCUCGUAUCGCUGCUAAAUUAGAGACAAUGGAGCCCUGUUCUAGCGUCAAAGACAGGAUCGGGCUGAGUAUGAUUGAAGAUGCAGAGGAUAAGGGCCUGAUUACACCAGGGAAGACUGUCUUAAUCGAGGUUACGGGGGGUAACACGGGCAUUGCACUGGCGAGCAUUGCAGCAGUGAAGGGCUAUAAACUUAUUGUAGUUAUGCCAGCUUCAUAUAGUCUCGAAAGACGAGUGCUGCUUCUGGCUUUCGGAGCCGAACUGCACAUCACAGACCCUGCAGCAGGGUUUAAAGGGCUUCUAAAGAAGGUUGAGGAGAUAAUGGAAGUCACACCCAAUAGCUAUUUUCUGCAGCAAUUUGAAAAUCCAUCAAAUCCAAAGAUUCAUUAUGAAACCACUGGGCCAGAGAUAUGGAAAGACUCGGGAGGAAAAGUUGAUGCUUUGGUUGUAGGGAUUGGAACUGGAGGGACAAUUACUGGUGCAGGGAAUUUUCUCAAGGAACAGGACCCAGACAUUAAGGUUUAUGCAGUGGAACCAGCCGAGAGUGCUGUGCUAAGUGGAGAACAACCUGGCAAGCAUCUCAUUCAAGGAAUUGGGGCUGGCUUCAUCCCUGCUGUUCUUGAUACCAAUGUUUAUGAUGAAAUUAUUCAGAUCUCAAGUGAGGAAGCAAUGGAAACUGCAAAGCUUCUUGCACUAAAGGAAGGGCUCCUUGUGGGGAUUUCAUCAGGUGCAGCAGCAGCUGCUGCAAUAAAGGUUGCCAAGAGACAAGAGAGUGAAGGAAAACUUAUUGUUGUUAUCUUUCCAAGCUCCGGCGAGCGAUAUCUGUCAACGGAACUUUUUGAUUCAAUCAGGCAUGAAGCAGAAAACAUGACUUGUGUAUAAGUUGGUUCAGUCGAAAUUUUCACACGUUCUUGUAUCGAUUCAAAUCUUGAAAUUUGAACGUGUUGUUGAAGGAAAAGAAUGAUAAGAAUGAUUAAAAAGGUAAAUUUAAUUAGACUUUAUGUAUAUAAAAUAAUAGUAGAUUGUGUUCAUGUAAAAAUAUGAAAGUUUCUAAUCUUUCUUUGACUGCUAAAACUUAAAGAGAUAUGGAAAGUUCAUGAUUAGAACUUCUGUCUUA